CGCGCGGCCGUCUGUGCCCUGGGGGAGAGGAGGCCGCUGGCCCCCCUGGGCAACGCCAUGGAGCUGAGUUUCGAUUCUCCUAGUAUUAUGGACAUUUCAAUAACCUCAGAAGCAGAAGAGAAACCAAAUGUUAAUAAUGUACCAGACUACAUCAGCGAUAUCCAUACGUACCUUAGGGAAAUGGAGGUGAAAUGCAAGCCUAAAAUAGGUUACAUGAAGAAGCAACCUGAUAUCACAAACAACAUGCGGGCUAUUCUUGUGGACUGGCUGGUGGAAGUUGGAGAAGAAUACAAAUUACAGAAUGAAACCCUGCACUUAGCUGUAAAUUACAUUGAUAGGUUUCUUUCUUCAAUGUCUGUUUUGAGAGGAAAACUUCAGCUUGUGGGAACUGCAGCUAUGCUGCUUGCAUCAAAGUUUGAAGAAAUCUACCCUCCUGAAGUAGCAGAGUUUGUCUACAUCACAGAUGACACCUAUACCAAGAAGCAGGUUCUAAGGAUGGAGCACUUAAUUUUGAAGGUUUUGUCUUUUGACUUGGCAGCUCCAACAAUCAACCAGUUCCUCACUCAGUAUUUCCUACAUGAGCAGACAAAUGCUAAAGUGGAGAGCUUAUCACUGUACCUUGGGGAGCUGAGUCUAAUUGAUGCUGACCCUUACCUGAAGUACUUGCCAUCAGUUAUUGCUGCCGCAGCGUUUCAUCUGGCAGACUAUACCAUCACUGGACAAACUUGGCCUGAAUCCCUGUGCAAAGUAACAGGCUACACCCUUGAAGAUAUCAAACCUUGCCUCAUGGACCUACAUAAGACCUACCUCAAAGCAGCACAGCACACGCAACAGUCCAUCAGGGAAAAGUACAAGAGUACAAAGUACCAUGGAGUAUCGCUUAUUGACCCACCAGAGACACUAAACUUUUUGUAAUAAUCAAGAGACUGAUCUUUUAAAUGGAUGUAUAUUGCAAGAAAAUUAUGUACAGUUUUUAACUUGGUUCAUAAUCCUAGAUGCGAUCACUCAGAAUAUUAAUACAGGUUUUGAUGAGCUUAAUUAUGAAGUUAGUUGUAUGUGGUUUUAAUGUAAAUCUUUUGUACAUGCAAUCUUGUUAAAAUAUUUAGCUGGGUUUUUAUUAAAAUGUUCUUUUCAAGCACAGAAUUAACCAUGCAGACCAAGUGAAGUCUGAAACUGCGUAUCUAAUUAUAGAUUAAACAUUAAUAUUAGCAGUGCAUUAUUAUAGUAGGGCUCUUUCUUCUUCC